AUGAGAGAAAUACUUUCAAUCCACGUCGGACAGGGUGGAAUACAAAUGGGAAAUGCAAAUUGGGAAUUAUACUGCUUAGAGCACGGAAUAUUACCAAAUGGACAAGUUGAUCCAAAUUCUAAUAAGUCAAUUGAGUCUGCUUCUUCUUUUUUUUCAGAGACAAGCACAGGGAACAUGGUGCCUCGAGCGCUUAUGGUAGACUUGGAGCCAGGUGUGAUUGAUUCAAUAAAGACAAGUGCAUACAAGGACUUGUACCAUCCAUCACAGCUUAUUUCAGGAAAGGAGGAUGCAGCAAAUAACUAUGCAAGAGGGCAUUACACAGUAGGAAAGAGUAUUAUUGAGCCAACUAUUGAGCAAAUAAGAAGACUAGUUGACAAUUGUGAUUCUUUACAGGGGUUCUUUAUCUUCCACUCAUUUGGUGGAGGAACUGGGUCUGGUCUGGGAACUCUCAUUAUGGAGAGACUUUCUCAGAUAUAUGAGAAGAAGAGUAAGCUUGAGUUUGCUAUUUACCCAGCACCACAAGUAUCUAAUUCAGUUGUUGAGCCAUACAACUCUGUGCUUACAACACACAUGACACUUGAGCACUCAAACUGCUCAUUCCUUGUGGACAAUGAAGCAAUAUAUGACAUGUGCAAGGGACUUGGAAUAAACAGACCAGAUUAUGUUGACCUUAACAGGAUUAUUGCGCAGGUGGUCAGUUCAAUCACUGCAUCACUGCGAUUCCCAGGAUCACUUAAUGUGGACUUGGCAGAGUUCCAGACUAACUUAGUACCUUAUCCAAGGAUUCAUUUCCCUUUAAUUGCGUACUCUCCCAUGGUCUCUGCAGUAAAUGCAGCACAUGAACAGCUCAGUGUAACAGAGAUUACAACAGCCUGCUUUGAGCCACAAAAUCAACUAGUAAAGUGUGACACCAGACAGGGUAAGUACAUCGCAUGCUGCCUGCUCUUCAGAGGAGACAUUAACACAAAAGAUGUUAAUAUCGCCACAGGAAUAGUAAAGAGUAAAAAAGGUGACAGAUUCGUUGAGUGGUGCCCAACUGGGUUUAAGAUAGGAAUUAACAAUGAACCACCCACAUCCCUCCCAGGAGGUGCACUUCCCCCACUUAAGAGGGCAGUCUGCGCACUCAGUAACACAACAGCAAUCGUUGAGGCAUGGAAAAGACUUAACACUAAGUUUGAUCUCAUGUACAGUAAGCGUGCAUUUGUUCACUGGUACGUUGGUGAGGGAAUGGAGGAAGGAGAAUUCAGUGAAGCAAGAGAAGAUUUAGCUACUCUUGAAGCAGAUUAUUACGACCUCUCCGGGGAAAUGAUCCUUGGUUAAUAAAACCAG